UUUGACGCCAACUCGCCGCAUUGGGAAACUGCUGCCUUCGAAUUGAGGCAGCAACUCUUCUGAGGCAGCAACUCUUCUGGCGCAGCAACUUGUCAGCUCGAGAAUGCGCCAGCUCACAUCCUACGCAGCAUCAGAUUCAUGCAUAUCGUCCAAGAGAAAACCUGUCAAUUAUCUACCGUGCAAGAGAAGUCCUGUCAAGAUUCCACCAUGGCUUACCCGAUCGACAAUGCAAGCCUCGAUUUGAUUACCAAGCUUCAACUGGAGGAUGCAGAGAGCUUGCUCAAAGGGAAACAUGCUGUUGGCCACCUGCCGGAUGCUGAACUUGCUGUUCAGAUGUUCAAAGAAGAGCUUGAGCAACUCCAGACUUUCAUCGCUGACGACAUCAUGUGUCGCAGCAUUGCUGAAGCAAUGCUGUCGGAUACUGAAGCCAUUCAACGCAGCCUCGACGAAGAGCAGCAAGCUAUAUAUGACAGAGAGUAUGCGACAAAUAUUGACUCGAUGAAUCCCGACUCAGUCAAUAUCGACCCGAUGAACGUUUCGCCGCACACAUUCUCAUCCGCACCACUUAUCGAUGAUGAGAUGAUGGGAAAACUUGCUAUCAUGUUCAUCGAUGCUGGUAAAUUACCUGGCCGUGCUCCGCAUGCUGUCCACGCGGAAUCAUCGUCACAGGGGGCGAAAGCAGCUGCAAAAUACGGUACCCGACAUUGCACCGGCUGCGAAGAGGAUGUAUCGUACAUCGACACCGUUCGUUGCCCCUCUUCCCAUGACUACUGCCGCACUUGUAUCGCAGGUCUGUUCGAGGCUGCGAUAAAUGACGAAUCUCUUUUCCCAGCUCGAUGUUGUCGCCAAGCCAUCCCUCUUGGACUGAAUCAAAUUUUUAUUCCGCCCAAGCUUGCAGGGAGAUACCGUGCUAAGGAGGUGGAGCAUGGCACACCAAAUCGAACAUACUGCCACAAUUUAUCCUGCUCGACGUUUGUGCCGCCACAGUUCAUUCGAGGCAGAAGAGCAACCUGUGUCAAGUGUCACAGCCGCACUUGCACGGACUGUAAAAAACCGGCUCAUGAGGGCGAUUGUCCCCCUGAUGCAACCACGCUGGAUGCACUGAGGCUGGCGAACAAACGAGGCUGGCAACGUUGCUUAUCCUGCCGUAACUUGAUAGAGCUGAGCACUGGGUGUAAUCACAUCUCCUGUCGUUGCGGUGCUCAAUUCUGUUAUGUUUGCGGAGAGAAGUGGAAGACUUGCAAUUGUGAACAGUGGCAUGAAAAUAGGCUGCUAGAUCGUGCCAGUACCGUUGUAGAUCGAGACGUGGGGCACGAAUUGGAUGAGGCGGAACGAGCAGCUCGAAUGGAACAAGAGCAGCAGAACUUGCGAGACAACCAGGAAUGUGGCCAUGAAUCUUGGAGCAUUCGGCCGGGCGCUUUUCAAUGCGAGGAAUGUCAGGACCAUCUUCCCCAGUACAUUUUUGAAUGUGCUGGAUGUCGAAUCCUGGCUUGUCGAACUUGCCGACACAACCGACUUUAAAUUACUAGCGGGACACUCUCGGUGACUGCCAAACGACGUAUCAUGAAUUAAUAUACAAUUUGUGCUC